CGUGUAAUAUCAAGAGAGAAGUUAUUUUGCUUUCUUCAACCUUUCUUCUUCUUCUAUCAUUCUUUUGUUCAUCAUCCAUAACAGAGGAAAUUGUUCUCAAUACGUAUCCCUGCAAACCCUGAAGACACAUUUUGGGAUUUCAACACAAGAUAAUAAUGAAGCAGUUUCUCACCAAAUCCCUAUCUGUUUGCUCUUUGCCAACCACCCUUCAACAAAUUGCUUCUCAUCAAUACAAAGGUGUUGCAAAGGUUGUGCUAAAGAAGGGGAAGACACAACUCUUUAAGGAUGGCAACCCAAUGGUAUAUAGUGGAGCCGUUGAUAGAAUCAUCGGCAGGCCGCCUCCUAAAACCGGCGAUAUUGUACUGGUUUCAGACGGGACUGAGAAACCAAUAGGGUGGGGCUUGUACAACUCUGUUUCUAUGUUCUGUGUUCGCCUCAUGCAGCUUGAAGACGAAGCUACUAGGUUCUUUGAUUCAGCAUGUGCAUUGAACAUGGAGAAACUGCUCGAAAAAAGAAUUGACGCAGCUGUCGAAUUGCGUACAAGGUUGGAUCUUCCUUCCGUCCAUACGAAUGCAUAUCGUCUGAUCAAUAGUGAGGGUGACAGACUAUCAGGAUUGAUAGUUGAUGUCUUUGGAGAUGUAGCUGUAGUAGCUUCAUCUGCCGCUUGGGUUGAGAAAUACAAAUCAGAGAUAGAGGCGCGCAUCAGGAAAAUCAACUAUAUCAAUCAUAUAAACUGGAGGCCAUCGAUUGAUAUUUUAAAGGAAGACGGAGUUAAUGUGUCGGAUUCAAAGGAAAUCCUUUCAUCUACUUGUCCUGAAAGAACCAAGAUUAUGGAAAAUGGAAUUGUGUACACAAUUUCACUGAAAGGACAGAAGACUGGAUUUUAUGCAGAUCAGCGCGAGAGUCGUGAGUUUAUAUCAAAAAUUUCAUAUGGUCAAAAGGUUCUUGAUCUUUGUUGCUAUAGUGGUGGGUUUUCUCUAAAUGCAGUGCAUGGAGGUGCUCUAAAUGUCACCGGUGUUGACUCAUCAAUGCCAGCUCUGGAACUUGCUAAGGAAAAUGUUGUACUUAACAGAAUUGAUCCUGGAAGAAUAUCCUUUUUAAAAGAAGAUGCAACUGAAUUCAUGAAGGCUGCCCUUCUGAGAGAUGAAUCUUGGGAUAUUGUCAUCAUUGAUCCUCCUAAACUGGCACCUUCGAAAAAGGCUCUGCAUGGUGCAUCUGGUAUGUACAGAAAUUUGAAUUCUUUGGCCAUGCAACUGACAAAACGAGGUGGUCUUCUGAUGACCUGUUCCUGUUCUGGAGCUGUGACCCAAAGUGGUAUAUUCCUGCGUAUUCUACAGGGUGCAGCAUCUAUGGCAAAGAGAAAAAUAACUGUUCUAAGAGAUGCCGGAGCUGCUUGUGAUCAUCCUAUUGAUCCAUCAUAUCCAGAAGGUGCAUACCUUACCAACAUUCUGUUGAGAGUUUCAUGAGCAUAGUCUGUAUUCUGUUGAGAAUUACAUUGGAAAGGUGCGUGCAUACCUUACCAAUGUAAUUCUAUAUUUUGAUGCAAUUUUGCAGCAUUUAUUUUUCUGUCACUGAGAAUAGAACGUGUUUUACUGAAAUCAGUUGAAAGAGAAAAUAGGAAUAGGUUUUAUUUAUUUAGUUAUUGAUUGUCAAACUGAAUUAAUUAAUUCUGGAAGUCAAGGUCCUUGGCAAAUUGCAAAAUGAUUCUUGAA